GGCAAGUUCAAAAAGAAAUUGAAUUAGUCAUCGGCCCAAGCAAAAUGCCUGCCUUAGAAGAGAAAAGCAAAAUGCCAUACACUGAGGCUGUUCUACAUGAAGUUCUAAGGUUCUGUAAUAUAGUUCCACUAGGUAUUUUUCACGCAACUUCCAAAGAUACUGUUGUGCGUGGUUACUCUAUUCCUGAAGGCACUACAGUCAUUACAAACCUCUACUCUGUUCAUUUUGAUGAAAAAUACUGGAGCAAUCCAGAAGUGUUUUUUCCUGAGAGAUUUCUGGACAGCAAUGGGCAGUUUGUCAAGAAAGAUGCAUUUAUUCCUUUUUCACUAGGAAGAAGACAUUGCCUUGGAGAACAACUAGCUCGAAUGGAAAUGUUUCUGUUUUUCACUUCAUUACUGCAACGAUUUCACCUGUGUUUUCCUCAUGGCGUGAUUCCAGAUCUCAAACCCAGAUUAGGCAUGACAUUACAACCACAGCCAUACCUCAUCUGUGCAGAAAGACGGUGAAAAGAAGGAUCUAGAUUGGCAGGUAGAGCACAGGUUGCAAGUUGCAGCUGAGGACCUACUUUGCCUUCUAUUUCUAAAUGUCUUCAUGUCAGAAGAAGAAAACCUUAAAGGACUUGCAGAUAAACUCUUGGUUAUUUGUGCAUAAGUUAAUAGUUUCUUUUUACUUGUUUUUCACAAAAAAA